AUGGGACCCCCCUCGCUGGGCCUCGGCCCAACUGGCCACUUGGCUAGCCAGGCCGGCCCAGCCGGCGCCCCACAACCUCCUCCAUAUCCCCCCGCUCGGGGGAAAACCCUAACCGACACCCCCACUUGCCCCCACGAUCCCCUUCUCCUCCCCCAUCGAUCUGGAUCGGGAUCGGCCCCAAUCCCAUCGCCCCCAACGCUCUGCGGCUGCCCGUCGCCGUCCACCGUCGCCCGAGGUCUCCGCCGGCGUCACCUCCUCGCCUACUCCCUCAGCGCCUACCUCAUCGGAGCACCUCGCCGCCUCGACCAUGAUGCCGCCGUGUCCUCUCCGUCGACGACCUCGUCUCCGUCGUCGUCCUGUCGUCCCCGUCCUCCUCCCCGAACGGCCUCCACGCACCUCGACGCCCCCCUGCUCACCAACGCCGGUGAGGACCCGUUCGUCCUCCCCUCUCCCCUGCUCGUCAUCGCGGUCGCCACGCUCACCCCGGCCCCACUCACGCUGAACACCACCCAGGCCACGCCCGCGCCGAGCUCCUCUCGCUCGCGCCUCCGCCGUACCCGUCGUCCGAUGCCCCGCGAGCUCCAGCGAGCUCGCGUCGCCAUCGUUGCGCCCGUGAGCCCCUUGGUCACGCGCCCUCCCUGCCCCGACCGUGAAUGCACCGCCCCCACUGCCGUGCCCGCGCUUUGCCACGGCCCCGUGCUCACUGCCACUCUGACCGUGCGCCUCUCCCUCCCACUGCACCCCGCUCGCAGCCCGUAG